AUGCAUGCAGAACUUCAAUCUCAUAGAGGUGGUACCAUCUCCAAUGAUUCUGCUUCUGGUUCAUCAGCUCCCGGAACAAAUGAAGAAUCAAUUACUGUAGAAAUAAUUGACACCAACCCACCACCAGAGUUUGGAGUAGUAGACAAGCAACGUCACUUUGGAAUUCUCCGAUACACAGUGACCAAUCGAUUCCGUAAACUAAUGCUGAUCGCAUUAGUAAACCUAGUUGUUUUUGCUGCGUUUUUCCUAUUCUUCUUCUUUCUGAUUAUUCAUUUGGACAAAAAACAUAAAAACAUUUCUAUUGGUUCUACGUUACCAACACCAACGGCAGGACCUAUGAAUGAAAGCGCAAAUUGUUCUCCAAAAGAUGCGACGACGUUGAUAUUUGCAUAUUCGAAUGAUCUGACACCUGAUCAAGUUCUUAACACGUGGUACAAUCUCAAAGAGAACUUGCAAAGCUCAAAUUAUGAUAUAUAUUCAUACGGUCGAUUUGAUGUAAAUUCGGAUUUCAAGAAUCACGCUUAUUCCAGUAGCAUCGAGGAUAUUGAAAACGACAUUAAAAGUGAUCUCCCAAAUGCAGCAGAGUCCUUCCCGAGUUAUUAUAUUGGAAGCAAUAUUUUAUCGUGUAUUCAGUUAGUCUUCAAUAGUGAUAUAACCCGUUGCGGGGCAAAACUGUUGUUUUUGGUCAAACGUCUUCCUAAUGAUACCGAUGUCUCUGAUUUAGUGCCUUUACUGGAAAAAUUUCACGUUUCUAUCACGUUUGUGGUAUCCGAAAAACCUUCCGGUGGUAUGAAUCAACAGGUAUUGAACACGUUGGCAACAAAAACUAAUGGAUUAUGUAUAUUUGCGGAAGAUGAUAUGUUCCAGGAGACCCCAACUUGGUUACCAUCAAUAUGGCCUUUAUAUUUGGUUUAUUCAGUCAACGCAAUAGUCAGAUCAACCGGAUCUGUCAUUCUUCCUGUCUUUAAUGCUACAUUGGUCGGAGACUAUUACAUUUGCAUGACUCUACAGGACCAUGGAGACUUAGACAAAUUCAGAAUGGUUCAUUUGGAAUGGAAGAGCAGGGAAAUUUUAAAUUCAGGGUCAGGGUUUCUCGAAGAAACUUUGGGAUCACAUGCAGCCACAUAUGGAGAAACCACGUAUACCAAAAAAGGGCCGUUCACAUUAUAUGUUCUCCCUUAUAAUAUGACACUUGGAUUUGAGUAUUCGGAUUACGAAAUCAAUAUUCUUCAGAUCAGAAUAUACAGUGUUAGCGCCGUCGAUUUCUGGGUUCCAUACAUCAAUUGA